AUGGAUUGGGAUCCAUCCUUCUGGGUUUGUAAGGCAACACUGCUGGUGCGUCAGGCAGAAGUGCCAGGGGCUGAUCACGUGGAGCCACAGGAAGGACUCCUCCCCUCUGUCCAGCCUAGAUCUCUCCAUGGCCUGGUAUUCCAGCUAUCUGUGCAAUGGGAGGGUUCUCCUGAUAUAGCCUUCUUGAACCUGCCUGCUGACUUGCCAUUGCAUCAUGGCAGUCAUUUUAUUCAGAGCGUCCUGGCUCCUUUGUGCUGUAGCAUCCUGUCGGAACACAGCUUCCUGUAUUUGAUUCAACCUCCUCAAGCCAGCCCUGGAGCGUCUACUUCUGUGUGCGAGCGUGCCACUGCUAGCAAUAACAAUUCUAGCAGACUUCUUAAAAUAGAUAACUUGCGCCCCAAGUUACUGAUUUCUAAACAAGCGAUUGUGAAUUUGGGUGAGGAAUAUCUCCCAACCCUGGAAGGCUUUUUGAAUGGGCAGAACUGCGGCAUUUUCAAUCUACAAGGGGCAGAAGUGGCUGGACUUGAAGACUUACUGGCUGGACUGAACUGUCAGUAA